UAAUUUGGUCAGCUGACACACUGCCACUGGACAGGGCCGUUGCCAGUGAGUCGCUUGCAUCAAAGAUUGUGAACAUUGUGCGGCUUGCAUCGUGCUAUACCUCUGUGGCGUGCAAAGCUAUUAGCUAGUAACAGAGGACAUACGAAAGAUCCGGGAAAGGGGUGUCGUCUGAAAGCUGGAAACUGAAAGAAACAACUGAAGGUCACCUCAGAGUGUUGUACAUCCAAGUGGGUAUUUUGUGAGGAGCAUCACUGAGAGACCAGAGGGGCUGAGAUCAGAGGAAGUGCUACCACAACGCCAUAAUGUACAAGGACUACAGAUCAGGACGAGCAGCAGGACUGAACCCGUUGUCCUUUGACCCGUCCUCCAACAACGAACCCCUACAGUUCAGCAACUCAAACGUGCCGCUGGUGUCAGACUGUCCCCUGGAGAACGGAGCUGAGAAGAGCAUUAAGAGGAAGAGACCCAGCCUGCCCCCAGAAGGGAUUCGUAACAUGUCCAUGGACUCCAACCCCAUGCCGAUGCCCAUGUCAGACCCCAAUGCCUGGGCCACCGCCAUGAACAACCUUGGCAUGGCUCCCAUGAACAUGACAGGACAGCCCCUUAUGUCAGAUUUCGACUCAGGCCUUGGCAUGAUGACAGGCAUGAACCCCAUGAUGCCCGGCCUUGGUUACGUGCCCCCACCCCCCCUGCCCCAUGAUCUACCCAUCGUUAAGGAGAUCAUUCACUACCAGAGCUGCACCCUCUUCCCCCCAAACCCAAACCUUCCCUUUCCGGCCAUGAGGGAGCGCCCUCCCGGCUGUAAGACUGUGUUUGUGGGUGGUCUGCCAGAGAACGCCACUGAGGCGCUCAUUGUGGAGGUAUUUGGCCAGUUGGGGGAGAUCAUCGCAAUCAGAAAGAGCAAGAAGAACUUCUGCCAUAUCCGAUUUGCCGAAGAGUUCACUGUGGACAGAGCCCUCUUCCUGUCUGGCUACCGUAUGCGUCUGGGCUCCAGUACAGACAAGAAGGACACAGGGCGGCUCCAUGUGGACUUUGCCCAGGCCAGAGACGACUUGUAUGAGUGGGAGUGUCGUCAGCGCCUGUAUGCUAGAGAGGAGAGACACCGCAGGAGGAUGGAGGAGGACCGUUUCAGACCCCCCUCCCCUCCACCCAUCGUCCAUUACUCAGACCACGAGUGUAGCCUGCUGGGCGACAAGAUCAAAGAUGAGGCAGCGUUUGCGGCAGCGGUGCACGUGCUGCUGACCUGGGUGGAACGAGGUGAGGUGAACCGUCGUAACGCCAACAACUUCUACUCAAUGAUCCAGUCGUCCAACAGCCACAUCCGCCAGCUGAUGAGUCAGAAGGCCGCCCACGAGAAGGAGUUGGAGGUGGCCAAGGACAAGUUCAAGACCGCCCUGUCUGGCAUCCUGGCACAAUUUGAGCAGAUUGUGUCUGUAUUCCACGCUGCUUCCAAACAAAAGGCAUGGGACCAUUUCUCCAAAGCUCAACGCAAGAACCUGGACAUGUGGCGCAAGCAAGCAGAGGAGAUCAGAAACAUGCAAAAUGAAGAGCUGAUGGGGAUCAGACGAGAAGAGGAGAUGGAGAUGUCUGACGAUGACAUGGAGGAUACACACGAUCCUGACGACUCAGGCCCUGUGGCCCAGGUGGAGGCCCUAAAGGAAGAGAAUGACUCUCUGCGCUGUCAGCUGGACGCCUACAGGAACGAGGUGGAGCUGCUGAAGCAGGAGCAGGGCAAAAACCAAGAACACACACCUCCACAACACAGUGAAGAGGACACCAUCAGGCAGCAACAACUAACCUUUCUACAACAGGCACUACAGGGAAUGCAGAAGCAACUGCUGAAGAUGUGUGAAGAAAUGAAACAGAGGGAGGCAGAGUUGGAGAAGAGUGUGGAGGACAAACAGCAGCUGGAGAGCCAGGUACAGAGCCUCAAGGAAGGACUGGAGAGUCUGAAGAAAACACGCAUACCACAGCUGGAGACAUCACCGCGAGAUGACAGAGGGAGCGAGGAGAGUGCUGAUCAAGUCAAUCUGGAGACAUCACCGCAAGAUGACAGAGGUAGCGAGGAGAGUGCUGAUCAAGUCAGUGAGGCGACAGCAUUAGAAGUGGUUUCCUGCAGUCAGGAGAAGGAGAGUCUGCCCCCAGAGAAGAUUCCCUCUAGUCCGGUUUACUCUGAGAGAGAGGCCUUGCUAGUUGGGAUCAUCUCUACGUUCCUCCAUGUCCACCCGUUUGGAGCCAGCAUCGAAUACAUCUUCUCUUACCUACAGCAGCUGGACACCAAGAUAAACACCGGACAGGUGGGGGCUCUACUGGGUCGGCUGCCCUGUACCUUCAGACAGGAGCUGACAGGGGUGGGUGCCAGCCUGGAGAAACGCUGGAAGUUCUGUGGUUUCGAGGGAAUCAAGACCACAUAGAGCAUUACAGAGACACAGCGGAUAUCACAGGAGAAACAGCAUAGAGAUCUGACGGUCUUAUGAGGAUAUUGUUUUAUGGGGACCGGCACUGGUCCCUUAGCUGUUGCUCACCAGUCCCUGUGAUGGUUAACUGAUCUUGAUUUAGUCCGUUCUUAAGUGCUAGUUAUAAUGUAAACAGUUUUCUGGUCCCUGUCACAAAUAAGGUUGAGAAACACUGGCAUAGAACUCUUGACUGUAUUAUGAAGACACAGAAGUAACAACAUAGAACUCAGACUGUCCGUCACAUGAGCGGGUCGGACCGUUCUCAGAACCUCUAAUUGGUUAACUCUGCUGUCACUCAGCCAGGACUACUACCCAGGGAGGUUAUCAGGGUCUGCUGAACACUGUCAACCUCCAACCCCUCUGGCCUCUCACACUCUUUUCUUUCCUUGUUUGUACAAUUCUAUGAGUAAAAAUGAAUAUAUUUCUUCAUUUUCUGUAAAGGCUGUUGAAGGGAUACUUCUGGGUUUUGGCAACGAAACCCUUUCUCUACUUCACCAGAGUCAGAUGAACUUGUGGAUACCAUUUUAUAUGUCUGUGUGUAGUUUGAAGGCAUUUCCUAAGUGAUGCUAGCGCAAUGACUGGAAGGCUAUGGGUAUCUUCUAGCUAGCAUGCUAGCAGAUACCCAUAGCCUUCCCGUCAUUGCGCUAGCUAGAGGUAGUUACUUAGAGGUAGUUUUGUAAGCCAAUGCUAACUUCCUUCGUACUAGACUCGGAGACAUAAAACUGGUAUCCACUAGUUCAUCGGAUUCUGGGGAUGUAGAUAAAGGGCCUCAUUGCCAAAAUCCUGAAGUAUCCCUAUAACAGUUGCAUAGAUUGAUUUGUUUUCCUACUCUGUAAAUGCUUGGAUGAUAUUUUUAAAUAAAAAAUCAAAGCAA